UAUUAUGGUCGCGUGACGUCAAUGUAGAAAUCGCUCUUUGGACAGUCAGCGAGUGGCGUUCGACUUGUGUUAUUUGCGAGCCUGGUGAGACAAGCGCUUCGUGAGGAUGUCAUACGCCUACCUGUUCAAAUACAUUAUUAUUGGCGAUACAGGAGUCGGGAAGUCCUGCCUCCUAUUGCAGUUUACGGACAAGCGUUUCCAGCCCGUACAUGACUUGACCAUUGGAGUCGAGUUCGGAGCCCGCAUGAUCACUAUCGACGGGAAACAGAUUAAGCUGCAGAUUUGGGACACGGCUGGGCAGGAAGCCUUUCGCUCGAUCACACGAUCGUAUUACAGGGGAGCCGCUGGAGCUCUACUUGUGUACGACAUCACCCGGAGGGACACCUUCAAUCAUCUGACCACCUGGCUGGAGGAUGCUCGCCAGCACUCCAACUCCAACAUGGUGAUCAUGCUGAUUGGAAACAAGAGUGACCUGGAGAGUCGGCGAGAGGUGAAGAAGGAAGAGGGGGAAGCUUUUGCCAGGGAGCAUGGUCUGAUCUUCAUGGAGACUUCGGCCAAGACCGCAGCCAACGUGGAGGAGGCCUUCAUCAACACGGCCAAGGAGAUCUAUGAGAAGAUCCAGGAGGGGGUGUUCGACAUCAAUAACGAGGCCAACGGAAUCAAAAUUGGUCCCCAGCACUCGCCGACCAAUCCGAGCAUGCCGUCGAGCGGUGGCGGAGCAAGCGCAGGUGGAGGCUGCUGUUGAGCCGAGGAGGACCACCAGGGGAAGAACAGACCAGAGCAAAUGCUUUGUUUGGCAACACCGAUACACACAUACAUAUAUAUAUUAUGUAAUGUACACGUGUGUGCAUGUGCGUGUGUAAAUACACCGAUGUAUAUGUACAUGUAUAAUCCACUCUCCACAGGCCUAAGCAAGACACCGAAGAUGCAAGCUUGAAGCUACGAAACUGGGGUGGAAUGAAUAGAACCCUCUCUGGCUCUCCCCUUUCUUUGGCUUCCUUUUCUUGUCAGUGUUGUGGGUGGGUGUGUGCGUGCAUGUAUGUGUAAGAGUGUACAAAGAGGCUUUGCUCGAGCUUUCACUUGCAGUAUCCCCAGACUGGGUACUUUUUUUUCUUUUUCUCUCUCUGGACGGUGCAGCAAGAGGUGAGGCAUCCUCAUCAGAUAAGCCAAAGUCUAGUAGUUUGACGGCAUGGACUGGCAGUGUUCUCUUGGCUGCCACACAUUUUUAGUGGGCAUGUACAUACAUGUGUAUGUAGCGAGCGGGUGCAUUCCCAUAAGCAAUGUUUCUUGUCUUGCUCUUUUUUUUUCUUCAUGAAGGUUUUAAUAUAAAGUCUGUUCUCCGUUUGUGCAUUUUCUUGUAGACUGCUUCUGCAUUGCCAUACAAGCAGUUUUUUUUUUGUCCUUUGUGUUUUUUUUUUUUCUUUCCCAAGGUUUUGAUCUGACUGCUCUUUUCUGUCCACCAUGUGAUCCUAGUCAUAAACAUUCCCAGUUUGUAUUUUUUGAAGCUUUGAAAUUCAGAAAAAAUUUAAUUGCUUUGGUGUUUUGUGUAUGCCCCACUUACCUCUGGCCUAAGCAAAUUCUUACAUAAAGGAAGUUCGACGCACAAGGGAAAUGUAACAGCAUUGUGCUAUUUAUACGUACGUGUGUUUACAUGUGUACAUAUUGUCAAGGUGAGAAAAAAAAAUGAGGCUAAGGCAGCCGUGCUUCUCUUGUAUGCUAAAUGCUGUUUGGGCAAUUGCAGCUGCUGAUGGAAAGUUUCUAUGAAAAGUGGUGUACUGGUAGUGGCAUUCUAUGUGUGUUUAAUUCUGCAGGACAAUGUUUAUUUGAUUGUUUGAAAUAAAUCUGUUUUAACCCACUA